GAAGUUUUUAAUUUAUGUUCCUGUGACGCAGGCUUGUCACGCUAGUUUACCAAUUUAGCAAGCCGACAACGACCAAGCAAAAAGCAUGGAGACAAAGGAGACUAAAGGAAACGCGCCUAAGAAGUUCAAGAACGCCUCUGGUGCUCCAGUCAAGAAACGAGGGCAGCGCUUCGGCUCGGACAUAGUGUUCACUGGCAGGAAUGGCGCCAUCCAGACCAUGCCAUCCCUGCAGAAGAAAGUGGCAGAGUCUACGGAAUGCCUUGUUGGUCUGCAGUAUGUGUGGGAGUAUCGCAGCCCCAGUAAGGCGGUGCCGCCCCACUACCAGUGUCGCCUGUGCAAGGUGGCCAAACUCCAGAAUGAGAUCCUGCCGCACAUCAAGGGCUGGAAGCACGCCUUCAGAUACCUGAAGCAGCACCAUGCAGACAAGUUGACGUGUGAGGAGGAGGAGGCCAUUAAAGAUCUGGCCGUGAGGAAGACGGUCAGAGAGGUGGCCAAGGAGGUGGAGAAGGCCGAGGGACAGGGCAAAAUUAGGGUUAUGCUGAAGGAACCUAGUGAGGUGGCGGCCUUUCAGGGCAUGAAUUCUGCCAAAGCCAAGCCAAUCAUGAACCCAGGAGGAGGAGGCGGCGGCAGCCUUCCAUUAGGCCCUGGAGUUGGCGCCCGGUCUGGUCUGUUUGGCUAUGGGGAGUUCCCCUCAGGUGGCGGCAUGUCCGAUUUCGGCAUGCGCGAUCUGCGCGACAUGCGUGACCUGCGCGACAUGCGUGACAUGCGCGAUGGCCGCGGUGGCAUGAUGCGUGACCUCCCCAUGAGUCCCCCGCGUGGCGCCGACCUGGGGGGCAUGCGGCACUUCUCAGAUGGGGGGCCCUCUCCGUACCGCGGCUCAGACGGGUUCGGCUUGGGGGGCGAUGGGAUGGGCAGGCCUUACAUGGAUGACUUCCGCAGGGGGGGUGACCUCCGUGACUUCAACGACAGCAUGAGGAGUGGGGACAUGCCCGGUAUCGAGGGGAACAGCAUCCCUGCUACACUGCUGAAGUACCUGGACUCCUUCCGUAUUGAGAACGAGAACGAUGCCCAGAUCGUGCUGAAGAUCACUCAGAAGCUGACGGAUGCCCUCAUGGAGUACCGCCUUCGAAACUUCUCACCGAACAAGAGUAGUUCUCUCGGGCCCAUGAACUUCAGCAACAGCAACAGUGACCGCUACUCAGGAAAUAUGGGCGGUGCUUCAAGGUAUUACAAGUAAGACGCACCUGGCGCAUGAAGCUCCAGUUAGUCCCUCCUCUCAGCCACUAGGAGAGCUCCAGAGUUUUUCUUCAGCCAAUGGGAGAGCUCCAUUAGUCCCACGCUGGAGGAGGCCCUGGCUGUUGGACCAAUCAAGGAGCUGUUGAUGCUUUUAUUGUACAUGUACGUGUCAGGAAAUAUUACCACAGCUUAACUCAACUGCAGAAUGUGUGUCUGUGCGUAUGUAUGAGUUUGUGCGCGCCGUGCGUGUAUUGAGAUUUUAGCUCAAAUUGAAGGAUUUUUUUGCGUUUAGAAAAAUCAUUGUCAUGAAAAAGUGUUUUGUGUUUGCAUGUUCAGUUUUAUACACUGCAGAAUAAAGACGUUAAGCUAUCCUUUUAA